GAGGAGGAGGAGACGGAGGAGGAGGAGACGGAGGAGGUGUGAUCCUGGGAUAUAAACACAGGCGAGACGGCUGAGAAGCCCCGAGUAAAACCAUCUCAGCCUCGUGACUGCCACGCCAUCUCGGCACCAGAGCGACAAUUUGUGACUCGCGUGGGCUGCUUCCAUUCGACCCCACCGCUCCCCCGCCCCACACCCACGAUGCCUGCGACCUCUGAACCCGCGUGGCUGUCGCGGUGCCGGGUGCUGGCCCUGGCGCUGUCCCUGGUGCUGGCGGUGGGGCCGACGGGCCGUCCAGGGGUGGACUCCUGCUCCUGUGCCUCCAGCAUGCACCCCCAGCAGGCGUUCUGCUCGGCAGAUGUGGUGCUCAGGGCCAGGAUCGUGGGUCGCAAGAUCGUGGUGGGACACUUCAACCUGACGUCCCACGGACACCCCUUCCAGAUGGUCCUGCACCGAGUCAAGCAGAUCAAGAUCUACAAGGGGAUGGAGCUCCUGGGCGAGGUGACGCAGCUCUACACCCCGACGAUGGACGGCCUCUGCGCACCCUCGCUGGACCUCAGCAAGACGCAGUACGUCAUCACAGGGAAAAUCCGCGACGGCCGGGUGUCCGUGUCGGGGUGCGACUACGUGCAGCCCUGGGAGGGCCUCACGCUGUCGCAGAAGAAGAGCCUCAGCUACCGCUACCGCAUGGGCUGCGACUGCAAGAUCCGCGAGUGCCGGUCGCUGCCGUGCGGAGAGGGCACCCCUGACGAGUGCGUGUGGACGGACCGAGUGGCGCGCGGGACCCACGCGGGCCACCAGGCCAAGCACUACGCCUGCGUCCGCCGCGGUGACGGCCCCUGCGGCUGGUACAAGGGGGGGCUCGCCCCGCCCAACGCCGAGCUCUGCGAGGGGGCCUCGCCCUAGCGCGGAGCUCCGCGAGCGGGCCUCGGCACCCGGCGCGGAGCUCCGCGAGGGGGGAGGGGGGGGGUGGCUUGACCUAGCGCGGAGAUCCGCGAACGGGCCUCACUCUAGCUUGCAGAUUGGUGAGGAGUGGUGGGGCCUCGCCCCCCCCCCCCCCGGCGCGGAGCUCCGCGAGGGGGGCCACGCCUCCUGCGCGGAGCUCCGCUGAGAGGAGACGUGUGAGAGAGUUUUAUGUACGAUGCAAUUGGGAUUCAUAUAGCGUGUAAUUACAGCCGCAUAUUAAGGUGCCACGUAGAAGCAGCGAGACAUGCACAUGGUGUAGACGUUAACAUACGCAGUAUAGAUAGAGAGUCAUUGCCAGGGUAGAAGGGGGAGGUCUUGAGCCUCGACUUACAAAGUGGGAACGGAGUCGGCGGGACACGGGGGGGUGGGCUGGGGGAAGGGAAUUCCGUAUUGCGGGGAGCAAGAGAGGAGAAGCCGAUCUUCUCUGACACCAGCCAUCAGCCUGGGACACGUGAUGCAUCCUGACAUUUUUCCUUAUGCAGGUGCGCAAAUCUCCCUACGGGAGUGCGCACGUGACAUCCCCUUGGAAUCACGCGCGGUAAGGCGGUGAAGCAUGUGACCUUUCGUGGGAACAGCUGUUGGGUCAGCGACUCAGGAGCUAAGUUAGACCACGUGACCCUGCAGGGGUGGCCGAGUGGCUCGACGAGACAGAUCCUGGGUUGCACGACAGUCAAACCGAUAUUAUUACUCUUCGGUUCUUUCGGUAAAGUAGACAGAAAAUGUUCUACCCACGUGACUUUACAGAAAGAACCAAAAUGUAUGGAUUCCUGCAGUCACGAAAGCUUCAAAUGAGGAUCGAUAUUGUUACGUUCAAUACCCAGUGGUAGUAGUAGGGCUUACGCGACCAAUAU